AUGGCCAGGAAACAUGGGAAGUACACAGUGAAUAUGGACCACUCUGGAAACCAGCUGCCAUUCACGAGCCCAAGAAACCAAGAAGUACACAAUGUAGCAUGCCAGCUUUCUGCAUCAUCUGCUAUAACUGGAGAUUCUGGUGUCAAUUUAACUGCUGUCUGCACCAACCCAGAGACCCUGGGAAACUCAGAAUUUCCAAACAGAGAACGUCAACAUUGUCAAGUGGCACAGAAUUUCUUCAGUGAUUGGUCGCUCUGGAAAAUCUUCUUGGUUUGUCUUUUAGCCUGUAUAAUAACCACAGUGAUUGGAGUACUUAUAUUGUCCCUGGUAUAUAAUGGGAAAAAAGAGAAUACCUCCAUUAUUAUCCAAAUUCCCCAAAGAGGCGAGACACCUUCAUGUACUACUAGCACAACUGCAACCACAAGUUCAAAACCUACAGUCACUGAAGGUAUAACAGAAACGACCACUGCAUCCAAUUUAAAUAGGCCUAUUACCACACCAAUGAUUGCUAGCACUUCAAUGCAGCUUACCAGCCCAAUAACUGCUAACGAUGCUUCAAGUAAAUCUACAGGAACACCUGCCACAUCAGGCACAUCUACAGAAGCUACAAAUACAUUAAUCAGCAAUAUUACCUCUACUGAGCCUACCACCAAAACAAUGGCUAGCACUUUACCUGCUGUGGCUACUAUAACUACAAGCACUUCUGAACAUGUGGUAACGGUGGCUACCACAACUGCUCCCAUCUCAUCCACCACUACAACUGCAGCUACCUCCUCCACGGCACCAGUUACUACAAUGGUUAGCCCUUCUACUGAAGUCUCAACCAUUCUCACUUCUGCAGAAUCUAUAAUCACAUCUGUGGCCACAAAUACAUCUGAACUAACCACCACCACAACUGCAGGAACUUCCACGGAACCUGCAGUCACAGUGCUUAAUGUGAUCACUUCUACUGAAGCCACUAUGACAACUGCAGCCACUACUUCAAUGGAAAAUAUUACUACUGCUGCAGGAAGUUCUACUGAACUUUUAGCCACCUCACCCAUCACUGGUGUUCCCAGUGGAUCAACUAGUACACCAUCAGCCACUUCUUUAACAGAACUGACUACUACGAUUGCAAGUACAUCCACCGUAUCUACAGCUACAUUGGCUAACACUAUCUCCUCUCAACUCUCGACUACAACAGCUUCUACCACUUCAACUGCAGAGAUCACUACUACUGAAGGCCUUUACACUGAACCUACUACAACAUCAACCACCAUUACUCUCUCUACCCAACCUACCUCUACAGUGACAACCAGUACUGCAACAGAAUCAACAGCAAUCACAGAUACUUCCACGGAAGUAACAAAUACAGUAGGUACUUCUACUGCCUCCAUGGGAUCUACCAAUACAAUAGAAGCUAUCCCCUCUAUGGAACCAACUCUGACAAAUAGUGCCAGUACUUCCACUACAUCUACAAGCACAUAUCCCAUGGCAACUGUAACUAACAUUUCAACGGAACCAACUACAACUGUGAGCCCAUUUACUGAACUUACAACUACAAUAGCCACCAUUAUUGCCCCUGUGGAACCUACCACUCCAAAAGCAGCCACCCUUUCAACUGAACCUACUACAACCACUACAGGGACUUCCUCCAAAUUAACAUCCACAAUCUCUACUUCCUCCACUCAACUCUCCACUAUAAAAGCUGUAACCGCAUCACCUGAACUAACCACUGUAAUAAAUGCCAGCUCAAUGCCAGCCACAUUGGCGAGUAUUCAACCUUCCACUACAAGAGCUGACAGUACUUCAGCUGUAUCAACUGAUACGACUGAAAAUACUUCCACUGAACCUACCUUCACCUCAGUCACCACUACUGUCUCUACUCAACCUUCCACUACAACAGGAGUAACUGCAUCAUCUGAAUUGACUAGCACAAUUGGAAGUACUUCCCCUGAAUCUAACUCUGCAUCUUCCAUUACUACUUUGUCCAUUCAACCCUCUACUACAACGGUGUCUACCACUUCAUCGGACCUGACUACUACAAGUGUAAGCACUUCCUUGGCAACCACAGCAAUGACCACGACUGCAGUCACAGAAGCCAGCAACACCUCCUCUACUGAGCCCUCCACAACAGCAGCGGUAACUUCAACUAAACCAAUUACUAACACUGGAAACAUACUCAUUGAACCCACAACCAUAUUGGCCACCACUGCUACCUCAAGUGAACCUACCACAACCACUGCAGGCAGUACUUCAACUGAAACAACUGUUUUAACUGAAAGCACUUCCACUGAAUCAACCUCCACAUCAGCUACCACUACUCUCUCCACUCCAUCCCACACUGCCGCAUCAGCCACAACGGAGCUGUCUCCCACAAUAAGUGCCAGUACAGCCGCUGAACCUAUGGCCGUGUUACCCACCACUACUGUCUCAACUCAACCCUCCACCACAACAGCUCUCACCACUUCAUCUGAAGUGACUGGUACAAGUAUAAGCACUUCUCCUGCAGAGAUAAUGACAAUGACCACCACUCCUCAUUCUCCAGAAUCUACAACCAGAAUUUCAAUCACAACUUCACCAGAAUCAGCUACCACAACAGCUAUAGGCCCUUCCACGGAAACUACCCCCACGGAAGCCAGCAGUAUCUCAUCUAUUCAAUCUUCCAUGACAACUUCAACUGAAGAGUUUACUACCAAUACAGACACUUCCACAGAAUAUACUACCCCAUCAGUCACCAGUACUUCUUCCACUGAAAUUACAACUACAACGGCAGACAGUACUUCAAAUGAACCAAGUAGCAUAAGUGAAAGUGCUACCAUUAAACCUACAGUGAUUAGUGGACCCCCUCAAUCUUCUACUGCAACAGCAGCUGCCACCAUACCUAAACUGACUAGUACAAGUGCAGGAACCUCCAAUGCAGGUACACCAAUGACCUCCCGUCCUAAUUUUUCAGAAUCUACAACCACAAUUGGGGUCACUACUUCAUCUGAACCAGUUACCACAAGAGCUAUAGGCACUACCUCUGAAGCUACAACCACAGAAACCAGCACUAUGUCAUUCUCUACUGAACCCUCCAAAACAAUAGCAGCUACAACUUCCAUUGAACCAGUGACUAUCACUGCAGGCACUUCCACUGAAUCUACAACCCCACUGGCCACCACUACUUUCUCUACCAAACCCUCCAGUCCAACAGCAUCAACAGCUGCAUCUGAGCCAGCUACUACAACUACUACUCCAAGUGUAGGCACUUCCACUGAAGCUACAGCAUUGAUCGUGAGUCCUAAAUCUCCAGAAUCUACAACCGUUGCAGCCAUUACUUCAUCUGAAGUAGCUGCCACACAAAAAAUAGGCACUUACUCUGAAGCUACCAGUACAGAAGCCAGCAUUCUUGCCUCUACUAAACCUUUCACGGCAACCUCAGCUACCACUUCACCUGAGCCAAUUGGUACCACUGUAAGCACUUCCACUGAAUCUACAGUAGUGCCCACCACUACUGUCAUCAGUCAACCUUCUACUACAACAGUACCCAUCGCUUCAUCUGAAUCAACCAGUACAAGUAUAAUGACUUCCACCGAAGCUACCACCACGGGGAUUAGCAUUCCUUCUUCUUCAGAAUCUACAACCACAGGUGUGUUCACCACAUCAUCUGUACCAGCUACCACCACAACAAUAGGCACUUCCUCUGAAGCUACAACCACAGAAGCCAGAACUACUUCUUUCUCCACUGAACCCACUGCAACAGUAGCAGCAACCUCUUCAUUUGAACUAAUUACUACCAGUGCUAGCACUUCCAUUGAAGCUACCACCACACUGGGCAUCACUUCUGUCGCCAGCCAAUCUUCUCCAACAACAUUCCCCACCUCAUCUGUGCCAACUGAUACAACUGAAAACAUUUCCACUGCCUCUACCUCCACUCCUGCUGCCACUACUCAACCUUCUACUACAAUAGGACACACGGCACCAUCUGAAAUGCCUGGUACCACUGGAAGCACUUCCACUGAACUUAACUCUGCACCUGCAACUACUACUUCCUCCGCAAAACCUUCCAGUUCAACAGCAUCAAUAGCUGCAUCACAACUACCUGCUACAAGUGUGGGCACUUCCACUGAAGCUACAACAACCGUGAGUCCCAAUUCUCCAGAAUCUACAACAGUGUCCACUACUUCAUCGGAACAAGACACCACCACAACCAUAGGCACUUAUUCUGAAGCUACAACCACAGAAGCUGGCACUCUUUCCUCUACUAAACCCCUCACAGCAACCUCAGCUACCACUUCACCUGAGCCAAUCGCUACUACGGUAAGUGCUGAAUCUACAGUAGUGCCCACCACUGUCACCACUCAGCCUUCUACGACAACAGCACCCAUCGCUUCAUCUGAAUCAACCAGUACAAAUAUAAUGACUUCUACUGAAGCUACCACCACGGGGAUUAGUAUUCCUUCUUCAGAAUCUACAACCACAGGUGUGUUCACCACAUCAUCUGUACCAGCUACCACCACAAUAGGCACUUCCUCUGAAGCUACAACCACAGAAGCCAGAACUACUUCUUUCUCCACUGAACCCACUGCAACAGUAGCAGCAGCCUCUCCAUUUGAACUAAUUACUACCAGUGCUAGCACUUCCAUUGAAGCUACCACCACACUGGGCAUCACUUCUGUCGCCAGCCAAUCUUCUCCAACAACAUUCCCCACCUCAUCUGUGCCAACUGAUACAACUGAAAACAUUUCCACUGCCUCUACCUCCACUCCUGCUGCCACUACUCAACCUUCUACUACAAUAGGACACACGGCACCAUCUGAAAUGCCUGGUACCACUGGAAGCACUUCCACUGAACUUAACUCUGCACCUGCAACUACUACUUCCUCCGCAAAACCCUCCAGCUCAACAGCAUCAACAGCUGCAUCACAACCACCUGCUACAAGUGUGGGCACUUCCACUGAAGCUACAACAACCGCGAGUCCCAAUUCUCCAGAAUCUACAACAGUGUCCACUACUUCAUCGGAACAAGACACCACCACAACCAUAGGCACUUAUUCUGAAGCUACAACCACAGAAGCUGGCACUCUUUCCUCUACUAAACCCCUCACAGCAACCUCAGCUACCACUUCACCUGAGCCAAUCGCUACCACUGUAAGUGCUGAAUCUACAGUAGGGCCCACCACCACUGUCACCACUCAGCCUUCUACGACAACAGCACCCAUCGCUUCAUCUGAAUCAACUCACUCAAGUGUAAGCACUUCCACCACAGUGAUGACCGCUCCUCCUUCUUCAGAAUCUACAACCACAGGUGCAGCCACUCCUUCAAGAGAAUCAGCCACCACAAUGAUCGUUCCUCCCUCUGAAGCUACAACCACAGAAGCCAGAACUACUUUCUCUACUGAACCCACCUCAACAAUAGCGGCAACCUCUUCCAUUGAACCAGUUAUUACCAGUGCUAGCACUUCUACUGAAGUUACCACCAUACUGGGCAUCACUUCUGUCUUCGGUCAAUCUUCUCCAACAACUGCCCCCACCGCAUCUGUGCCAACUGCUACAACUGAAAACACUUCCACUACCUCUUCCUCCACACCUGCCACCACUAUCAUUGCUCAGCCUUCUACUACAACAGGACAUACGGCAUCGUCUGAAAUGCCCAGUACAACUGGAAGCACUUCCACUGAGUUUAACCCUACAUUGGCCCCUACUACUUCCUCCACAAAACCCUCCAGUUCAACAGCAUCAACAACUGCACCUGAGCCAGCUACUACAAGUGUAAGCACUUCCACUGCACCUACAGCAUUGACUGUGAGUCCUAAUUCUCCAGAAUCUACAACCAUAAUUGUGUCCACUACUUCAUCGGAACAAGAUAUCACCACAACAGUGGACACUUCCUCUGAUGCUACAACCACACAAACCAGCACUGCUUCUUUCUCUACUGAACCCUCUGCAUCAAUAGCUGCAACCUCUUCAAUGGAAACAAUGACUACUACUGCAAGCACUUCCCUUGAAGCUACGUCUAUAUUGGGUAUCUUCCACUCAAUCUUCUUCAACAACAGCCACCACUUCAUCUGA